GUCAUCUAUUAUAAUAAGUCAAUAAAAAAAUACGUUCUUGUGGAUAUAGAAAGGCUUACCUUCCUUAACCUGAUUCCUCCUUUCAUAUCCUCUCACGCAAAGUCCAAUUGGCUACAAAUAAAUAUUAUUAUUCCAGAAGCCACCUUACACAAAUUUCAUCCUUUAGAAUUGACUUCUUGAACUCCAAUCUUGCCCAGUUCUUUCUUCCUCCAAAAUUCUACCAUCACAAUUAUUAUAUUUACCACAAUGUACACUUUCUUUGCCUGAUGUAAGCAAAAACCUGAUCAGAAAAGGAUUAUCCAUAGAGAGUCGGAAUUUCAGUGUAUAUAUGUACAACAUGGAUACAUAUUAGACAUGCAUAGAACCAUGGCAUAACCAUGUAAAGCCAACCCUAUCUGAAUUUAUUUAUGCAUACAUGAACAUUGCAGAACAUAGACAUAAUCUGCAUGGUCCAAGUUUUUAAGAAACUUGCUUGAUGGUGGUGGGGGCACUUCAAGCUUUUUCAAUCCUAUAAAUGUAAACCACUCUAUCAACAACAUCCCCAAGUUCCACUUGAAGCAUCUUUUUUUCCCCUUCCAAGAACCUACCUGCAAGAUUUAAAAAACAUUGGCCAUGCAGCCUGGUGAAAUUGCAAGUCUCCAUUAUCUUCUUUCAUCCAACCCAUCUCUAUAUUCUUCUCAAUUUAUCAUGCCCCAUGACAGCACAAACAGGAUGCAUAGUAAUCAGUUUUCUAAUCCAUCAUCAAAAUUUCAAUAUCCUUCCCAAGUGCAAGAUAUGAAUCCACCAUCUUUAAGCAGUAACUCAACUUCUGAUGAAGCAGAAGACCAACAACUAAGCCUCAUCAAUGAGAGGAAACAGAGGAGGAUGAUAUCUAAUAGAGAGUCGGCACGUCGGUCAAGAAUGCGCAAGCAGAAACAUUUGGAUGAGCUGUGGUCUCAAGUUCUUUGGCUCAGGAAUGAAAACCACCAACUAAUAGACAAGUUGAACCAAGUCUCUGAGUGUCAUGAUCGAGCUCUACAGGAGAAUGCUCAGCUUAAGGAGGAAGCAUCUGAACUUCGUCAAAUGCUUACAGACUUCCAACUCCAUAAUCCUUAUCUACCUUGAAGACAUCUCCUUCAAGUGGUUUCCUGCACGAAAGCUAUUCGAAGACAUGAAUAGUUGAUCCAGUUUAAAUGAGUUUCAAUCUUGCAAGGCUGAGCUAGAGGCAAAGUUUUUGAGUUUUUCUUUGCCAAUAAUGGUCCUUUUCUUUAAUCUUGCCACGAAAUCUUUACCUACCUCUGAAGUUGUACGAAACUUUAGAAAAAAUAAAAGGUACUUAUUUAGUCAUCCCUCUGAAUUCCUUCAA